UCUCGUUGAACUUCGAUUCCUAUCUACCAAAAAUGUCAAAUCCAUCGGAAAAAACCCCAAACCCAGUAAUCUCGUCGACGAGCUCUCGUUCCGUGCCAGAGACGGUAAAUGGGUCGCAACGUCUCGUAGUCCAGGGGUACUCUCUUGCGAAAGGCAUAGGCAUCGGAAAUUACAUAGCUAGCGAUAGUUUCACUGUGGGAGGUUCCCAGUGGGCGAUUUACUUUUACCGCGACGGUAAAAAUCCUGAUGAUAACGCCACUUAUGUUUCGGCUUUUAUUGUGUUGAUGAGCGAGGGAACGGACAUCAAGGCCCCGUUCGAGUUGAGCUUGGUUGAUCAGAGCGGGAAAGGGAAGCACAAGGUGCACAGCCAUUUUGAUGGGUCGCUUGAAAGCGGGCCUUAUUCUCUUAAAUGCCGCGGCAGCAUGUGGGGAUUCAAGCGCUUUUACAAUCGAGCUAUGCUUGAAACUUCAGAUUUUAUGAAAGAUGAUUGCUUGGAGAUCAAUUGUACUGUUGGAGUUGUAGUUUCUGCUAUCUAAUGACACUUUUAUUAGCGUGUGUUGACAUUAAGUGCCACGGAUUACUUGUAUAAUGGAUUGCUCGAUUAUGAAAUUCACUAAAAUGUAAAAUUUAAGGGGUGUCAAAUGACAUUACAUAGGACUUUAUCCGUGAAAUCUCAAGUUAAAGCGUUGGCAUAUUUUGUUGACACCUAAAAUUUGUGGAUCGUAAGUGAAUGAAUUGUCAUUUAUGUGUAA